AUGAUGUCUAGCAAAACAGGAAUCGACCAUAACAACAAAAUCGAAAGUGGGCCUGAGAAAACAGAAAAUGAAAUUCUCAUCGUCAUCACUCAUGCAAAAGCAGAUAAACCAGUGCAACCUUUCAGAAAGGAAAAAAUGGCUGAUGAUCAUCUACUUAAUGAAGCCAAAGUUGCUGCAAGGGGGGUUUUAGAUGAUUUCACCGAUAAUACAAUUGAAGCUCUUCAAGACUAUAUUGAUCAGGAGGAUGACAUCCCUGAACUUCAACAUGCUUUCCACCUCAUUGGAAGAAUACAAGCUGCACUCACCAGUCCACAGAAUUUUGGAGAGAUGAAUGAGGAAGGGACUGCUCUAUUGAACGCUGAAAGAAACGACGCAGUUCAAAGCCUAACUGCUUUUAGAGAUAAUACCAUUCCCAACAUUCGUGCCUAUAUCGAAAGGGAGACCAAUAUCCAGAAUCUCCAACAGCUUGUCCGUCAUCUAAAUGCCAUCGACGAUAAAGCCAAUCCUGCUGAGAUAAUAAUAACAAUGGAUCGUUUAUCCAACACUGAGUUUCUCAACAAAGCAUAUGCGACGGUGGAUGAUCCUUCAAAGGAUUCAGUAACCACGUGGAGCCAAGACGGCAAGAGCUUCAUCGUUUGGCACCCUGCAGAGUUUUGCAGAGUCUUGGGAACCCGCACCUUGUACAAAUUUCAGAUCUUUGGGUUUACUAAAAAGGAGUCGGGAGGAGGAAUAUCGGAAUUCAAAAGCCCUAAUUUCGUGAGAGGCGAGCCUGAGCUCUUGGAGAAGAUCUUGGAGCGACACGUGGAGAGGAAGAAGGCGUUUCGUGACGUGCAUGUUCAGCCAGUGCUCGAUCGACUGAAGAGCUGCGAGAACCAGGAGGAGAAGGAUUUGCGCUUUAGGGAGCAUAUGGAGGAACUCGAAAGGAAGAGAAAGGAGCAGAUCGAUAAGGAUUUUGCAGCUGAGAUUGAUGGUUUAAUGGCAGCCAUAGCGCGCGAGAGGGAGACAAGGGAAGUGGGACAAGAUGCUGAAGAUCCACUCAAGAAGAAGAGAAAGACUAGUCAAGAUCCACCUCAACCUUCACUACCUUGAUGAAAGUGAAACUUGCGUCUCUGUUUUAAUAAUAACUUCGAAAAAUGGGAUCAUUGUAGGUUUGAAUUUCUCUCAGUGUUUGACAGUUUGAUCUCUACUCUGCAUCAAUAAAUCUCUUCUCAAUGUGCUCUUGCGUGUAAAGAAGCUACAUUGAUUGAUUAUGAAUGACUUUCAUCAUCUGGAUCCGGUCGAGUUUAUGAGAAAGGUUUGUGUUUGAUUGUCCCCAUUUCAUACUCUCAGCUUAUAAAGAAAGGUCUCUACUUUUUUUUUU